AGUACAUCAGUGCUUGUGCUAAUAUAAGUAUUAGUGAAGUUUGGCCUGUUGUUGUUGUUUUAUGGUGUUGUGAAAGUUGUAUGUACAAAUAAGGAAUUAUGAUAGUUACAAUCAGUUUUCCAAAUUGAUUUGUAAUUCAAACAAAUUCCUCUCAUCAUUUCUCUUGAAAUAAAAACUGGAGGGUUAUAAGAGUGGAAAACAUGAGUGACACUGAUUUACAGUCUUCUGCUGAAACUGAAGAGUUUCAACUCACUCUUAACACAAUUCCUGUUGAGGUAUUUCUCCAUAUUUGUACAUUUUUAGAUGGCAAAGAACUUAUUAAAACAUUAAAAAUUGUUUGCCGCAGUUUUUAUGAAAUAUUAUCAGACGAUGAAGUGUGGCGAUCAUGGUUGAAAAAUCGCUGGCCAGAAUUACCUACAUCUAACGUAUGUUACAAAGAUGAUGACAUUCCUGGUCAUACAGUCUGCCUGCAAGUUGAUAGAGGACUCAAACUGUGGUCCAUAGAAGAAUGUAAUAUCAAGAAGUUUCGUAAUGAAUCUCUUCACAUUUCGACUGUUGAUACAGUGAAAAUAAUUCAGGGGGGCAGGGUGGGGAUAUCGGGAGCACGAGACCGCAGCCUGGGAGUCUGGAGUUUAACAGAUGGUCUCAACCUCGUAGACCAAAUGAAUAGUGCCCACAACGGGUGGAUCUGGUCCUUGGCCUCCACCCCCAAGGGGGACCAGUUCUACUCUUCUUCCUGGGACUCCAGCAUCAAACUGUGGACCCUCGACCAGCAAUUGCGGGAAGUUUAUUGCUUCAAGUGCAAGGCAGCUGCACUGUCCUUGGCCUGUCGUGAGGGGCUAGUUGCGGCUGGUCAGUUCACCUCAAAUGUUGCAGUGUUUGACCCUCAUUGUGGUGGGAUGCCUGUCAUGGAGUACACAUGUCACAACCGUAGCAUCAUGGAUAUCUGCAUCAUACGUGACUUCAUCGUCGCGGUCAGUGAAGACAGGACACUGUCUGUAUGGGACAUUACUGCAGGGAAGAUCUUCAAGUCUGGCAUUACUGUUACCAAAGAGGGCCACCCUAUGACUGUGUCGUUCAGUAAAGGCAACCUGAUGUUUGUCGGAGACACUGAGAACAGACUUCACAUCUUCAAUACACUCAACGACUCUUUCGAACUUAUGGAAAGCUUUGACAUGGGCCAUCAGCCUAGAGGUUCCAUCACCUCUAUGUGGCACAAUGAAGGAUUUGUGAUAACAGGCUCCAAGGACACAACGAUCAGGAUACACACUGCGACACGUCCACCCCACCUCAUUUCUCAGCUGACCUCUGCGCAGGGUUGUGUUACCUCGUUGGAUUUUGCUGAUCCGGCGCUGCUUGCGGGAUGUGGAAACGCUGUUCAAUUGUGGUUGCCUUGUUGAAUUUGAUUUUGUUAAUUGAUCAUCUAUGAAAGUUCUAAACAUUUUAUCGAAAUUGAAUUUCACGUGGGGACCUACUUUACAGCAGCUGCACUAAUAAGAUUAAAAUACUGGAAUAAAUUAUUUUAACUGCCCUUGUGCUUAUUAACUUAAUAAUUUAUUUUGUACUAUGGAAUAUUGUAACUUGUUUCUAUUUUUGUAAUAAAACUACUUAUUGUACUAAAUUUA